GCUGAGUGGGUCAAGACGACGGGCUGCGAGGACGGCGGAUGGUCUGCACGUGGACCGGGAGGUGCCCACAGGGGUUCCUGCUUCGAGAUCUACGGCUUCGAUGUUCUCGUUGACCGCAGUCUCAAGCCAUGGCUCUUGGAAGUCAACAUCUGUCCGUCCCUGUCCAGCGGCUCUCCCCUGGACAAGCGGAUCAAGACAAAGCUGGUUGCUGAUGUCCUCACAUUAGUCGGCGUACAUCCGCCCACUGCCCUCUGGAAGCUAAGUCCGGGCAGCGUCAAUUGGCCGGCUGGUCAGGAGGGCAACGUCGACUCCAUCAUGGAUGAGCAAGAAGCAGCCACAACU